CUGGUUAAGGACCAGGUUGCCAUCAGAGCUGCAGCAGAAGGAGGAGAAAAUCUCAGAAAUGGAAGCAGGCAUGCAGGUGAAACACAACACUAUAGAGGACCUGCAGGCUGAGCUGAGGAGGCAGGAGGAGCAGGCUGGAGAGAUGGAGGAGAACAUCAGUACGCUGAGGAAGGAACUCGCCAAGACGGAGCAGGCCAGGAAGGAAGCCAGCAUCAAGGCCUCGUCUCUGGAGCUGCAAAGAUCUCAACUGGAGUCCAGACUGAAGCAGAAGGAGGAGGAGCUGAACACACACACGCAGAUGAUUGCCAUGAUCCACAGCCUGAGCAGCAGCAAACUGAAGAACGACGCCACAGCCAACUUUUCUCUGUGACACA